GAGCUGGUAUCUUAUCCCUUCCUCUAAGGGGGGCACUGCAGAGUUCCCGUUUCUUCCACCAAUUGGCCUGCAGCAAUGGCAGCGACGAUCCCGGCCUCCGCGUCCCUCUCGGUCGGCCGCUUUCCGAACAACCGCGCCUCGUCCUCCUCUUACCCCUGCCCCGCCACCGCCCUCCGUAGAACCUUCUUAGUCGGUUUCUCGAAAUUCCCGGCCGCCGUCGCCAAACCCUCGCUUGGGGUCGCUUCCCUCCCUUCGAGGCGUUACCUUCGUACCCACUGCCAACAGCAGGAGCAGCAGCAGAGGCUUGCGGUCGUCCCCAGAGAGCAGCGAUGGAUGUUCGAGGAAUCCGAGAUCAAUGGACCCGAUAUUUGGAACAAAACUUGGUAUCCAAAGGCCGCAGAUCAUAUUUCAACAGAAAAAACAUGGUAUAUAGUUGAUGCAACAGACAAGAUCCUAGGCAGGCUAGCAUCAACUAUCGCAAUAUAUAUUAGAGGAAAAAAUCUUGCAACAUAUACUCCUAGCGUUGACAUGGGGGCUUAUGUGAUUGUGGUGAAUGCAGAAAAAGUUGCAGUCUCUGGUAAAAAGAGGACCCAAAAACUUUACAGGAGGCAUUCGGGAAGGCCAGGUGGUAUGAAGGUGGAAACUUUUGAUCAGCUUCAACAGAGAAUUCCUGAAAGAAUUAUUGAACACGCUGUCCGUGGCAUGCUUCCAAAAGGAAGGCUUGGAAGAACUCUUUUCACUCACCUGAAGGUAUACAAAGGACCAGACCAUCCACACGAGGCCCAGAUGGCUAUUCCUCUUCCUAUCCAUGACAAGAGAAUACAAUCAGACAAGUAAGACCUCUUGCUGAGACAUGUGACUGGUAACUCAUGUUUUAUGGAUCAUUCAAUUUCACCUUUUCAAGAUUUUGCCUCCUCACUGGGGGGUUUACUUUUAAGCAGUUGUAGAAGUCUCAGUAAUUUAUGUCUCAUCUGCUUGAUUUAGUUAUGUUGAUUACUACUUCGAAUGUCUAAUAUAGACUUUUGAGCUCAUAA